AUGGUAUAGGAUGGGGUGCGUCUAACAAUAGUGCCGCCGAUUAGAUUUGGCACACGCGGCCCGACCAUGUCGGCGGAACGUCCAGCUGCCAGUUCGGAUAAUCGGCGACUUAUGUGCGAGUUCUGCGGCUAUCGGACGCGCAUCCAUUGGAAUCUGCAGAUCCAUCGGCGGCGACACACCGGCGAGUUGCCCUUCAGUUGCCAAACAUGCCAGGCGCGUUUCCCGGCCAGCUACCAGCUGAAAAGCCAUCUGGAGCGGCACUUGGACGCCGGCGAGCGACGCAAGCGGCACAUCUGCACCGACUGCAACGUGGGUUUCUCCAGUUCGCGGGCCCUGUACCACCACCGGACGCUCCACGAGGCUGGGAAGCGCUUCAAGUGCUCCCAAUGCGACAAGUCAUUCGCUCAGGCGGCGGGCUACGCCCAACACAAGCGGAUGCACCGCCAAAGGAACCAGCGAGCCACCGGAACCACGGAUCUGAAGGAUCUGCAGACCAAGGGAGUGUUUUCAAGUGAUUAUCAGCGGCGCGAAUUUAACACGUUGCAUUAA